GCACUGGACUGCCCCACCCUGGGAGUAAAUUGACCAAGUACACGAAGGGAGAAUGCUCUCAUCUCUCAAUGCUGACGAUGAAACGUGGUCCCCGUCGUCAACCGCCCCCCCAACGGCAAAAACACCUCCGCCACCACCACCCAAAACCGCCGACCCCCGCCGCGCCCACGCCCAAGCCAUCAAAACCCUAACCACCGACCGCUCCGUCUUCAACAACCUCAUCACCCUCUACUCCAAAUCGAACCUACCCUCCCACGCCCUCCGCCUCUUCCGCCACCACAUCCCCUCCCCAAACGUCGUCUCCUGGACCGCCCUCAUCUCCGCCUUCUCUCUCUCCUCCCUCUCUCUCCUUCACUUCGUCUCCAUGCUCCGCCACCCCACCCUCCCCAACCACCGCACUCUCUCCGUCCUCUUCAAGUCCUGCGCCUCCCUCCCUUCUCUCUCCUUCGGCCUCCAACUCCACGCUCUCUCUCUUAAGAUCUCCCUCUCCACUCACCCCUUCACCGCCUCAGCCCUCAUCAAUUUAUACUCCAAGACCCACGUCCCAGACCAUGCUAUGAAGGUGUUCGACGAAAUUCCCAAACGAGACGAAGUCUGUUACGCAGCAAUCGUCGUCGGGCUUGCGCAGAACUCAAGACCGGUCGAGGCUUUGUCUUAUUUUUCUGGUAUGAGGAAGUGUGGGGUUGGGUCUACUAUGUAUUCUGUAUCGGGAGCCCUUCGUGCGGCAGCUGGGCUAGCUGCGUUGGAGCAAUGUAGGAUAAUUCACGGGCAUGCGGUUGUGACCGGAUUUGAUUCGAAUGUUAUCGUCGGGACCGCUUUGAUUGAUGGGUAUGGGAAAUGUGGUUUGGUAACGGAGGCUCAAGGGGUGUUUGAUGAGCUGAGGCCAGAGAUGAGUGUUAUCGGGUGGAAUGCAAUGAUGGCAGGGUUUGCACAACAAGGGGAUUGGAAUUCAGUGGUGGAGCUGUUUGGCGAAAUGGAAAAUACGGGGCUUAAGCCGGAUGAAUAUAGCUUCCUAGCGAUUCUUUCAUCGUUUCACAAUGCGGGUUUUGCUGGGGAGGCUGAACAGUGGUUGAGUAGGAUGAGAGUUGAUUAUGGGUUGGAGCCUUCGUUAGAGCAUUAUACGUGUUUAGUGGGUGCAAUGGGUCGAGCAGGGCGAUUGGAGGAUGGUGAGAGGAUUGCAAUGACGAUGCCAUUUGAGCCAGACGCACCUGUGUGGCGUGCACUGUUAUCCAGUUGUGCACAACAUGGUCAUGUGGAAAUGGCUUGGACUAUGGCCAAGAGAUUAUUGAGAUUUGAUCCAUGUGAUGACUCUGCUUACGUGAUUGUUGCGAAUGCAUUUGCGAGUGCUGGAAGGUGGGAUGAGGUUAAGGAAGUAAGGAAGCUGAUGAAAGAUGGAAGGGUGAGGAAAAAGGGGGGGAGGAGUUGGAUCGAAGUGCAAGGACAGGCUCAUGUAUUUUUGGCUGCGGAUCGGAGGCACGAGAAGACAGAGGAGAUAUAUGCAAAGUUGGCAGAGUUGAUUCAGGAGAUUGGGAAGUUGGGUUAUGUACCGCGUUGGGAGGAGAUGUUGCACGAAGUGGGGGAAAGAGAGAAACAGGAAGCGCUAAUGUACCACAGUGAGAAGUUGGCAUUGGCUUUUGGGUUGGUGAGUGGAGCGGCACCACCAGGGAAGCCUUUGAGGAUUGUGAAGAAUUUGAGGAUUUGUAGGGAUUGUCAUGAGGCUUUUAAGUACAUCAGUAGAGUGGUGGAGAGGGAGAUUAUUGUGAGAGAUGUUAACAGAUACCACAGGUUCUUGGAUGGUAGUUGCAACUGUAAAGAUUUUUGGUGACUACUUCCUGAAUGCUAACAAAGCAAUCCAGAACUUGGAUGUUACACUUUCAGAUGCUGAUAAUGAUCAAAGUAACAAACUUCAGGUACCAAGGCUAGGGAGUUUAUGAGCGGCGGAAAAAGAUGAACAGUGGACAUAACCGAGACUGGACUUCUGGCGGAUGCCACAGCCCUCAACAGCACCGUCCAGUCUCUGUAUUUUCGUACACUAGGCGUGAAGCAUUGUCGGGUCAGUAUGCAGCAAAUUACAAUUGCCAUUUGUUAGAAUUGGCAAUGAUUUUCUUUGCUUGAGAGGUGAUUUCAGUUAACAGAAAUCUGCUCUGAUUAUUUCUCAGAAGACAAAAGCUUACAGAGGAUAAUGUAUUUCCUGGUUAACUGCAAAAGGUGCUUCCAAAAAUUGCAGGAAGGGAGGGCGUAAGAGAAAAGCUUGCAUUGACAGCCCCGAUUCUUGAUCGUUUGAAUUGAAGUACUGGGCAGUUGAACUAUACCAUAUGAAUUGAAGUUCAAUGGAGAUUCAGUACAGUGUUCUCAAGCAUUAUUCUACAUCAUGGAUUUGAGAUCAAGUAGAAUUUCAAUGGAGGAAUUACAUCAUUGCUCAUGAAAUAUUACUCCGUCUAAUGUAUUGUUACAAAUAAACAUAUAUUGAAUCCACCAAUGUAGAAUGUAGAUCAAUAAUUUAACCCCUGUAACCGACUUUUUGUCACCUGCCGUAUAACUUUGUAUGCUC